CUCCUACCAAGCCAGCCAACGCCCUGAAGCCUAUAUUAUUCCAGUGGGAGCACGCUUCUCUCUCUCGCUCCUUUGCCUCCUUUGACCAACCGAAUCAAUGUCUUCCGACAAGAUCUUCGCAGAGGGUGAGAGCUGCAAGUCCGCCUGGCACGAUGCAACUGCGGGCUACGAUGAGACCGACACUCACCUGGAGAUCAUGGGCAAACCGGUGAUGGAGAGGUGGGAGACCCCAUACAUGCACAGCCUGGCGACUGUGGCGGCCAGCAAGGGUGGCCGUGUGCUGGAGAUUGGUUUUGGCAUGGCAAUUGCAGCCACUAAGCUGGAAGAGUACAACAUCGAGGAACACUGGAUAAUUGAAUGCAAUGAUGGUGUAUUCAAGCGGCUUCAGGAAUGGGCCACAAAGCAACCGCAUAAGAUUGUGCCAUUAAAAGGGCUGUGGGAGGAAGUAGUGCCAACAUUACCCGAUGGACACUUUGAUGGAAUACUUUAUGACACAUACCCACUUUCUGAAGAAACAUGGCACACACACCAGUUCAACUUUAUCAAGAGUCAUGCUUAUCGGUUGCUUAAACCUGGGGGGGUCCUUACCUAUUGCAACCUGACAUCUUGGGGUGAACUACUGAAGACCAAAUACAAUGACAUAGAAAAAAUGUUCAAGGAGACUCAGACUCCACAACUAGUGGAUGCUGGUUUCAAGUCUGAGAACAUUAGUACUACUGUAAUGGACCUGGUACCUCCUGAGGAUUGCAGAUACUACUCCUUCAAAAAGAUGAUCACACCAACCAUUACGAAGGUCUGAGAACUGUGGAACCUACAUUUGUAAUUAGAAGAUGAAAAAAAAUGGUGACACUGGUCAUCUGCUAAAUGAUUACUGGACCUUCCUCUGUAUGAGAGACUGUAAAGCCAUCGGGACAGAGUUGUGAAUCUCCCAUUUUACACAGCAAGCACUCUGCCAGCAAAGUCCACCAAAUGAUCAAUAAAGCCAUACAUGUUCGGAACAUGAAGUGUUUUUCUCCCCCCCCCCUCAUAAUGCUUUAUAUGAAAAGCCCUGUUGUCCUCUUAAGAGGCUAAACCACUGCUCAGUGGUUGGCAUAGCCAGUAGUAUAGGUUAAUCACUUAUGUGUGAGGCAUGUGAAAAAUAAAAAAAAAAGUCCAA